AUGUCCGAGACCAACAACCAUCGAAUCAAGGAUGACAUAAAGAAAGCCUAUGAUGACAUUGCCGAAGUCUACCUAGACUGGACACAGUCUUCCCACGAAACGCGCCUUUCUUAUCUCAAUCUCAUGCUUCGAUCUUUCGAUUCUGCAAGAGAAAAUGACCAAACUAGCAUCCUUGAGCUAGGAUGCGGCGCCGGGGUACCAUGUACUCAACUUUUGGCAUCUCGUGAAUACAUCAGCGUCACUGCAAAUGAUAUAUCCGACACCCAAAUCGCCAUGGCAAAGAAGCGGCUUCCUGAGUCCGUGAAUCUGAUACCAGGGGACAUGAUGGAAUUGAAAUUUGGCCAGGAGCAGUUCGAUGCUGUGGUGGCCAUGUAUUCUAUUAUUCAUCUACCACGCGAUGAACAAACUACAAUCCUUCAUCGCAUUCAUGAUUGGUUGAAACCUGGCGGACGACUUCUCGCAAACUUCUCCGAGACUGGAUUUGCGAGCUCUUCUGACCAAUCUUGGUUGGGUGGUACAAAAGGGGCAAUGCAUUGGAGUGGAUGGGGUAGAACCGAAAUGAAUAGACUUCUCACAGAUAUUGGCUUCGAGAUGGAGAUUGAUGAGGUUGUCGUGGAUUGCGAAGAAGAGAAUGGAGUCUCGCGGGAUGCCCCAUUUCACUGGAUCUUGGCCAAGAAAUGA